UACGAUCCUCUAUAAAGGUGGUGGAGUCUUCGAACUUCUCCUUGGACGCGAUGAUGUUGUCGAGCUGCUUCAUGAUCUGAUCGAGAUCGAACUCCUGUUGGCUUUGGAAUUCGAGAUCAUGCAGCUUCUGCUGGAUUUCCGCUGAGAGGCGGAACCAAGUGUUCCGAAGAUCCGAUCCGAUAUUGCGAGCCAUCGGAAACUGUUGGAGCUGUCUAUGAAGGGUGGCACGCGAGUUGUCAGGGCGAUCGUACCUCCUCUUCAGAGCAUUCACCAGCUUCGUAUAGUUGCACUCAUCCGGAUCGAGGUCCUGGAGAACUAUCUUGGCCUCGUGUAGUAGGAGACCCUGCGCUGCUGAUAUCGCUUCAUCUACGCGCGAACUCUGAAGAAAGGCGUGAUGUUCUUCGCCUGCGGGGUCUUGAUCGGCUGCGUCCCUGA